UUCCCCCCUCCCUCGCGGUCUCGCGCGCGCGCGAAGUCCACAGGAGGACUCGGCACCGAAGAUUCUCGAAGCGUCUCGUCUCGUCGCGUCGGCGUGAGGAAGGAAGCGGAGGGGAGGGACCCCCCCACACGCCGGACCAGGAUCCAUUCCCGCCGGCGGAGCAGCCCUCGGCCCCUCGUCGCCGGAUCCCCUCGCGACUCGCCUUCGACAGAGGGCAUCGAAUCUGGUUGUGCGGGGGGUUUUGGGGGAGUCUGAGGUGUGGGGGGUUUCAGAACUCCAGAUGGAGGACUUGCUGGACACGGAGAUCGGGAAGCAUGACUACGACUGGCUUUUGACUCCCCCAGGAUCACCCCAUGCUCCUAUAUUGGAAGUUGUAGAGAAAGCUCCAUCCUCAAUUGUGUCUAAAUGCAUUACCACUAGAUCAUCCUCAACCACCAGAGCAUCAAGGCUUUCUGCUCCUGAAACAGAGAAUGGGCAUUCCACAGUACCAACUAGACCAGCACGGAGUAACUCCGUCUCUCGCCCUUCAAUCCAAUCUACUCUUAUUUCCAGCAACAACAGGUCAUCAGUUCUCAAUGCAAACAAUUCCUCUGUCUGUUCGCGACCUACAACCCCAAGCAAGAGGACUAGCACUCUUUCUUCAUCAAAGCCAUCCAUUCCAGCUUCACGUCAAAUACCAACACGGUCCUCUACUCCAACAAAAACCCGUCCGUCUACUCCCGUCAUAACUCGGCCAUCUACUCCAAAUAAAACCCGGCCUUCUACUCCAGUCAAACGGCCUUCUGUGCCCAACUCUAUGUCCACCUCAACUAUUGCCAAAACCACAUCUGCACAGAGCUCAAGGCCAUCAACUCCAACCUCCCGGCCUCGUAUCAUGAAUUCAUCUUCAAGCACACCUCCUGCAGCAAGUCGUCCUAGCUCAUCCUCUGGGAGAACUAAUACAAUUAGUCGCACCUCCUCUUCUACUAGUACAAUUCCUUCAGCCAGCCGUCCUAGCUCUCGUUCAUCUACACCUACACGCCAGCCUAUCGUACAUUCAUCGGCUGGCCCCUCACCUUCUAUUGGGAGGAUAUUUGGCAGUAAAAACAUAACAUCCAUUGGGCGACCUGUAACCAGCAAUGGUCGAAAUUCAGCACCUUCUUCAGCACCGUCAUCUCGCCCAAGUUCCCCAAAUCCACGUGCGCGAGCUCCAGUCAGGCCAUUAGAUAUUCCGGAUUUCCCAAGUGAAACUCCCCCAAACCUAAGGACUAAGCUACCGCAGCGGCCACUUUCUGUUGGUAGAGCACGUCCAGGAGUGGGUUUGGGACCAAAGUCAACUCCAAAUGCUGAACAAGUUCACUCAGCUCCUGUAAAGAAGAUGGCUGUACCUGCUAUUACGCGGAGCAAAUUCUCUGAUCCACCAUCCAGGGUAUCUUCUCUUCCAAAUGGUCACCAAAGUAAACAAUCUGAGGGGUUUGCUGUGGAAGGCCAAGCUGCUAAACCCUUGCGGUCUAUCACGGAUAUAGAUAAUGGUUUUGGUAGGACACUAUCAAGGAAGUCACUUGACAUGGCAAUCAAGCAUAUGGACAUUCGACAAAACCUGGGUGGUAUUCGUGGUGCAUCUCUAUUCCCCCCUAGCAUUCGCUCUGCUGGUGCGAAGGGCAGGCCAGCUCGAAUGUCUGACCGUCCCCAUCUCGGUUUGAAUGGUGAUCGGCAUUUUACUGACAAUGGUAGCAUGAAUGGGCACUUCUCUGUAGAUUCGUAUGGUUCUCUUUCAAAUGACGGUGGUAGCUCAACUGGUUCCCCAGACAGGGAAAGCAUUGGAACUAAGGAGACAUUGAGAGAACUAGAUCUAUAUACCACUGCACGGUAUGAGGCAAUGUUGCUAAGGGAGGACACGACGAAUACGAACUGGUUGCACAAUGCCGAUGACAAAUCUGACCAGAGCCCAGUGUUUGAUCACCGUUUUGAACCGCUCCCAGAACCAUUUGGUCCACUGUGAUGGUCACUAUCUGUAGAAAAUCGCGUUCCUUGUUUUGUUUACAACUCGUGAUUGCAAGUUGUAUGCGGUUAUCUGUUUAUGUGUGUUUGUCCAUUUCCCCCAUCUUUUCAUAACUCUUCUGAAAGAUAAGAUUGUGGGGUUCAUGUUUUUUACUCCAUUAGUGCCUGGAGAUUCAAUUUUGAAUUACCAGUACUGAAAUCCAACCCAAGUGGUAGAGCACGAUAGUAUUCUUUUCCUCUAUGGUUAUUGAGGGUUACUGUACGAGAUUUCAAACAUGUUGACCGGCCUGUACCAUGUAUUGUUCUUUUUAUUCGAGGAAUACAGUAUGUGUUUCACUUGCA